UUGGUCUCAGUUUAUAAGCACAUAUUUUAAUCUUUAGAAAUUAUAUGUAUUUUAUUUAUUACUCUGAUGCAGUACCAGCAGACUGUACUGACUAGGACUCUGCAGUGCUUUGGAUUCAGUUUCAGAAAGGUGUUUUGGAGCAUGUAAGAAGCGUUAAUUUGCAACUGCCUAGAAGCAAUCACAUCUUUUCCCAUUAUUCCAUGGGAGCUGCAGAGAGCAGCAGAAUAAUCCCAUGAAAAGAUGCCACUGCUGAAGCUUUGCAUAGUCUUAUAAUGACAGAUCUAAAUCUGGUAGCUACUAAAUGAUCAUGAGUUAAAUGUUACCAUAAACUCGAGAUCAUUAUCAAAACUCUGGAUAUGUUUGCUCUCUCCGCAGUUAUAAAAAAAAAAUCCCUGGGAAAAUUCUUGGUUCCAAUUCAGUCUUAUUCGUUGGCUGUUGUGGGGGCAUGGAAAGUCAAGCCGUGACUGCAUCUAAUAUCCCUAGCCUCUGAGGAAAAAAGAGAAAAAAAUAUUAGAGAGUCAACUAGUGUUUGCUAUACUUGAAGAGGGGAGAGGAAUAUGGUGAAAAGAGAGAUUUUUGGUAAACAUGGACAUGCAAAAAUACCUUCUGAAAGUGGCUUUGAGUAUAAUUUACAAGCCAUUUCUUUCAGAAGCGUUCCACUAAAAAGAGUUCCACUGCACCAUAAUAAAUAAUAUGAUUCCAAAUAAUUAUGCUUUAUUUAUUUAUCACAUGUAUGUGCCACUGCCAUCCGAAGACUCUUGGCUUAUGCCUUCAAGGGACCAGUGCUUUGCAUUGAUGAGUUUAUUUGUAGAAAAGCUGCCAUGUCAUCGAGACUACCAGCAAUGUGCAGUUCCAGAGAAACAGGAUAUUAUGAAGAAACUAAAAGAUAUAGCAUUUCCAAGGACUGAUGAACUGAAGAAAGACUUGUUAAAGAAAUACAGCGCAGAAUACCAGGAAUAUAUGCAAGACAAGAACAAAUGCAAAGCUGAGUUAUUGAAGAAAAUAGAGCAACAGAAAUUGAUUGAAGCAGAAAAGAAGCGGAUUGCACAGAUCCGUCAACAGCAACUGGAAACAGAACAGUUUCAGUUCUUUGAAGAUCAAUUAAAGAAACAAGAAUUAGCUCGUGGUCAGAAAAUUAAGGAUAACUCAGUUACAUCAGAGCCAACAGAUAGGAGCAUGUUGUCAUCAUGCAUUUCAGCACACCUGAACAAUACUUUCCCCAGAACAGUAGCAAAUAAAAGUGAUGUUUCUGCUGGUCAGUCUCCUCCAGUCAGUCGGGCCUUAAAGCCAGCUGCUACCUUAAGUGCCGUUCAGAACAACGCUGCUGAAGGACUGCGAAAUGUGGUUCUGCCCAGUGAUCUUUGUCACAAAUUUUUGCUGCUCGCAGAUGCAAAUACAGCAAGAGGAAUAGAGACGUGUGGCAUUCUCUGUGGAAAACUGACUCAUAAUGAAUUCACUAUUACUCAUGUAAUCGUACCAAAACAGUCUGCAGGACCAGACUACUGUGACAUGGAGAAUGUAGAAGAGCUAUUCGGUGUUCAAGACCAACAUGAUCUUCUCACGCUGGGCUGGAUCCAUUCCCAUCCAACCCAGACUGCAUUCUUAUCCAGUGUUGAUCUUCACACACAUUGUUCUUAUCAGCUGAUGCUUCCAGAGGCCAUUGCAAUCGUUUGUUCACCAAAACAUAAUGAGAUGGGAAUCUUCAGACUUACUAAUGCUGGCAUGUUGGAAGUUUCUGCUUGUAAAAAGAAGGGCUUUCACCCUCAUACCAAGGACCCUAGGCUAUUUAAUAUCUGCAAACAUGUCAUUGGAAAAGAGAUAAAAAUAACUGUACUGGAUCUGAGGUGAUAGAGAUAGAAGAACGCCUUCCGUAAAACAUAAGGCCAAAGGGGAACAAAGCUGCCAGGUUUUCCUAGUGUUUUCCAAGUUACUGACAUUUUAUAUUUGUAUGUUUUAAAUUUAACGGUUUGAUAUUUAUUGCCCUUUUCCCAUUUUGAAGUUAUUUUGUUGUACGGUCAAAAUGAAGUUCACAGUGGCAUUCAAUCCAGGUAUGUUAUUUUAUUGGAAUAAUAUGAUAAUAAAGUGAACUUGACACAAUGACAGUCUUGGCCCCUUUGCAAAAUUUCUCUCUCUCUCUUGUUUUUCCUCUGGAGUAUAUGAUUGUUUUCCUGUCCUCUAGGUAUUCAGGGGUGUGUAAGUGUGGCAUGUGAAUGUUUACAGCAUAUUUGAAAAUACAGUAGAUAUUAUGUAGAGUGUGAAAUAUGGAAUGAGAACAGAACAGCCAAUAGGAGCAAAACAGAUUCUGCUGAGAAACACACAGAGAGCCUGUGCUCAGAUGAACAUAGUGAACUAUGAAUGUGUGAGCUCACAAACACCAGCUCCUUCUAGUCAACUAGCUUCAGUUCCAAACAGCUGCUACUGCAUUAUUCAAGGGCCAGUGUUGUCUUCCUAUAAAUUCACUGUAGAAGAAAGAAACUUAAAAUAGUUCUGAUUUAUCUGAGUAACAGAAAGUAGAAGUCAAAGGAUAUGGGGAACAGAAAACUAUGUAGGUAUAACCAGGAGAAAAGAAAGUAACAGCCCACAAUUCUAUCAUCAGUUAUCCAUCAGAUAUAAUCAGUGUCCAUCUAAGUCUUAAAUAUAAAAAUAGCGGUUCUUUUUGUGUGUUCUCCAACAGAUGGUUAAAAUAAGUACAAACUACCCUUGAUCAUCAAGAUUCACUUUUUGCACUAUCCAUAGAACUGUAAUGCAAAUAUUGGCUAGUGUAGUGUUGAUCAGCUGUGUCUCACUCUUCUUCCAGAGGAGAAGGAAUACUAUUUACUCCAAGUAGAGUAUGAAAAAGUUGAGGUUUAUUAAUAAAAAUUCAAAGCACCUGAAAAGCAUGUUUACAAUUUAUUCUUUCCUCCUCUGCCCCCUAAAAACUUCAAAUACACCUUAUU